AAGUCAUUUUCAAUUGGUAGUCUAAAAAGUGUAAGUUGCGUUCAUUUCCAAAAAGGAAAAAUCGUAUGAACCAAAAACUUUUUAGUUAAACUUUCCAGUGAUUUCCCGUUAGCCUUCUUAGCUACGAGGCUCUUUCAAUUUUGAAGUGAAUUCAUUCACCACCAGACUUCCAGCUUCCUUUCUCAGCAACCAUCUUCUUCAGGACACUGAUGGGAACUCCUUACCCAAACCCCAUUUCUCCUUCCCAAACCCGCAUAGGCUGGAUUGGCAUAGGCGUCAUGGGUGCUGCGAUGGCCUCCCGCCUUCUCUCAGCCGGCUACUCCCUCACCAUCUACGCUCGCACUCCUUCAAAAGCUCAUCCCCUCCAAUCCCAAGGUGCCCAACUCGCCCAUUCCCCAUUUCAACUCGCUCAAGUCAGCGACGUCGUCUUCACAAUGGUGGGACACCCACCAGAUGUUCGAUCAAAUAUCCUCGACCCAGAAACCGGCCUUCUCUGGGGCCUCCGGCCAAACUCGGUCUCCGUCGACAUGACAAGUAGUCAUCCAGCCCUUGCCCGCGAGAUUUUCAAUGCUGCGCGCGCCAAAGAUUGCUGGACUGUCGAUGCGCCAGUGUCUGGGGGUGACAUUGGCGCUAGAGAAGGCAAACUCGCCAUACUUGCCGGCGGUGAUGCUUCCGUGGUCGAGUGGUUGGCCCCAUUGUUUGAUGUUUUGGGGAAGGUUACUUACGUGGGUCCUGCGGGCUCCGGCCAAAACUGCAAGAUUGCGAACCAGAUUGUGGUGGGGGGGAAUUUGCUGGGGUUGAGCGAAGGGUUGGUGUUUGCCGAGCGGGCCGGGUUGGAUGUGCAGCAGUUUAUGGAGGCGGUGAGGGGUGGGGCAGCCGGGUCGAUGGUGAUGGAGUUGUUUGGGGAUAGGAUUAUAGGGAGGGACUUCAGGCCUGGUGGGUUUGCUGAGUAUAUGGUGAAGGAUUUGGGGAUGGGUGUGGAUGUUGUGGAGGAGAAUGAGGAAGGAAGGGUGGCGGUGUUGCCUGGUGCUGCAUUGUGCAAGCAGUUGUUUUCUGGCAUGGUGGCUAAUGGGGAUGGGAAGCUUGGCGGUCAAGGUCUUAUCACUGUCAUAGAGAGGCUCAAUGGAAAGUGAGAUGAAAUGGUUAGCUCAAUUUGAAAGAGAUUUACUCAGCCCGGCUCGCACUCUCUUCUCUCUUUGAUAAAAAUGUCAUCUUCAGGCUUUAAGAAAAAUUAUAGGAACCAUAAAAACCUCCACGAACACUCCUCAUGAUCAAAAGUUUGUCCUACUUUCCUUCUGUUUCCAGUUUGGGUAUUUUUUGGUGGAUAGUUUCAAGUUUGGGUUGCAGAUGAAGAUGAGGAGUUGGAGAAUGGGGAAAGGAAAAAAUUUCCCCCUAAAGGCACAAUAAUUACAAUAUUAUAUUUCCUAACUGUUGUUUUCUGAAACAAUAAUAAUGUUGUUAAUGGGUUUUUUUUUUAAUUAUCUCUGAAGGGGUAUUAUUAAGUUCAUUGACUUGCUGGAGUGGAAUGGUGCAAGGUUGGCUUUUUGCCAUUUCACCAUAUACAUUUCAAUAUCCACAAUGACUAGGAAGUAACCAUAUCUAAAUUAUAGAUCCUUUUUUUAUUAAUCCUCGAGAUCACACUUCAUCCGCCUAUAGGGCAGACUUUAAAUUUUUUAUGGGAGUGAUUAUCCGCAGAGAUUAUCUCAGAGUCCGCUAAAGAUUUAGUGGCGUCAAUGAAAAUUCGUCAAAACUCUUGAGGUCAUCUCACAUUUUGGACAUGAUCCGUCGUAAAACACAGGGGUUUCGUUUUAGGCAAAUAGAAGAUCAUCCACUCUUUCUAUCUUCUACUGAGAGAUUUAACUAUUACAUUAAGAAAAUGGUUGCCAUGGCUGAAAGGGAGGAGGCCCAAGAAAAGAUAUACAACAAGAAAGUUGACCUCAAUAGAGUCAUUGAGGAAGGAUGGGUCUUUCGUGAUGCUCUCAAAGAAAGACAUUUUAGCAAAAACGUUUGGGGAGCAUUUGAAUAUUCUCACUACGUGUGCCUCAACAUUAAUCGUGAUUUGCAAGAGGAAGGAGACAAAUAUAAAAAUACAAAGCCUUUGGUGGAACUGUAAAGUUGGGCUGACUGGCCACCACUGUCUCUGGUUGAUUCUUGUCUCGGAUGCCCUCCUCCGGCUGGCGCUGUGUGAUCGAAUGAAGGGUGAAGGAAGCAAUGGCUGCUGUUUUUGUAGUCUAGUUUGAACUUUCUCGUGCUUCUUGUUUGUAACUUUGUUUUGCUUGGGCCUUGCUUUGUUUCCUUCCUUUCCCUUGAUUGGGCUUUUAUGGAAUUUGAUUCGGACCCAAAAAAAUAAAAAACUGAGAGUUCACUU